AUGCCGUACAAAGAUAGAAGUGAAGAGGGUCGGGCGCCGACGCCAGCUGUUGCCGCGAGGUGCUACGUCGCCGUGUUAUCUAAACGGUGCAAUCGCUACUUACAGGAGACGUACCGGCGCUGGGCGUGCAGCACUAUGGUGCCGCUGUGGGUGGAGGAGGGGGCCGAAGAGGGGGCCGAGGAGGGGGGCAGGUCGCGGCGGGCGCCCGGCGAGCGCGCGGCGCGCUGGCACGCGCGGCACAUUGAGCGCGUGGGCCACCUGGACCGGCGGCGGGGCGGCGGCGUGGUGGGCCGCUGGGUGCGCGCCGCCGCCGCCGGGCCCGGCAGGCCCCUCGUCCGCCUCAAGCCGUGCCUGUCCGUCUGCCAACUGGUCGAGCAGCACUGCCCCUACUUCCUGCCGGCGGACCGCGCGCCUGCGUACCCCACGCAGUACGCCGGCGAGCCCACGUUCCUAUGCCUCGACGCACGCAUACCGGAGACCGGUGCGCAGGCGAAUAAAUCCAAUUACGGGUCGGACGAGUGCUGCUACUGGUACUGCGAAGGGCGGCUCUGCUACCGCUGCGAGUCGCGGCUCACGGAGCCGGAACGGCCACCCCCCGAGCAUUGCUCGCUUGUAGAGGACCGGGCGCCCAGUUGCUCUGUGCCCUACCAAGCCGGCGCGGCCCCCGCCGACUCGCCAUCAGUCAUCUUGCUGGCGGCCGCCCUCCUAGUGCCGCUAGUAACAAUCCUCGCGCCACGGACCCAACAGUCGGCGCCCAAUUUAGUGAAUGUGCGCGAUUCGAGGUUA